AUGUCGAUUGCAAAACCCUUGAGGAAGUUAGUAUCUGCCGUCAUUCUUGAUUUGGAUGGUACCCUUAUCAAUACAGAUGGCAUAGUGAGUGAUGUCUUAAAAGCUUUAUUGCUCAAGUAUGGGAAACAGUGGGAUGGGAGAGAAGCUCAAAAAAUAGUGGGAAAGACACCUUCGGAAGAAGCUGCUAUUGUGGUGGAAGAUUAUGAGCUUCCUUGUUCAAUUGAUGAAUUUGUGACUCAAAUCACCCCAUUGCUCUAUGAUCAGUGGUGCAACAUUAAAGCUCUUCCUGGUGCAAAUCGGUUAAUUAAACAUUUGAUUGGUCAUAAUGUGCCUAUGGCACUGGCUUCAAACUCUCCAAGGGCAUAUGUAGAAUCCAAAAUUUCUUAUCAACAAGGCUGGAAGGAAUCCUUUUCUGUCACCAUUGCUGGUGAUGAAGUGAAGACCGGAAAGCCAUCUCCUGAAAUAUUUUUGGAAGCUGCUAAAAGGCUAAAUAUUGAAACAUCCAGCUGCCUUGUCAUCGAGGAUUCUUUGCCAGGUGUUACUGGUGGUAAGGCUGCUGGCAUGGAAGUAGUUGCUGUACCAUCCAUUCCAAAACAAUCUCAUCUUUAUACAGCAGCGGAUGAAGUGAUCAACUCUCUACUUGAUUUACAACCUGAAUUGUGGGGCCUCCCUCCAUUUGAUGAUUGGAUAGAUGGUACUUUGCCAUUAGAACCUUGGCAUAUUGGUGGUCCUGUGGUUAAGGGAUUUGGUCGUGGCUCAAAGGUUCUUGGAAUCCCUACUGCUAAUUUAUCCACCAAAGGUUAUUCAGCACUUCUUUCAGAACAUCCUUCUGGUGUUUACUUUGGUUGGGCUGGAUUAUCAAAACGAGGUGUUUACAAAAUGGUUAUGAGUAUUGGCUGGAACCCAUAUUUUAACAACACAGAAAAGACUAUAGAGCCUUGGUUGCUUCAUGAAUUUGAUGGGGAUUUCUAUGGUGAGGAAUUGCGCCUUGUGAUAGUUGGCUAUAUUCGACCAGAGGCCAAUUUUACAUCACUUGAGAGCUUGGUAGCGAAGAUUCACGAGGAUAGAAGAAUUGCAGAGAAAGCUCUAGAUAUUCCGUUGUACUCGAAAUACAGGGAUGACCCAUAUUUUAAAGGCUCUUCCCUGUAA